AUGAGUAUUAACUCCGGUUUACCAUUAAGUAAUUGUGGAAGUACUAAAAAAGGCAUAAUAAUGCCAAGUUUAAUAUCCAGCAAUUGUGACAUGUCAAGUAAAUGUAUGGACGAAAGUUUAGAAGAAGGCUCUAGAUUCCAACAACAUUAUUGUAUAACGUUGGGUGAGGAUGAAUUAUUGAAAGCUGUGCGAAAUAGCGAAUCAUUACGCUUGACAUUUACUCUACAUUUGACGGAAAGCACAUCCGUUGAAUGGGAAACUGUAGUAUGGCGUCAUUGUCUUUACAUUCGCGUGCCAAGCUGCCUUUUACCCGAAGGUUCGAAAGAAGGUUUCGUGUCUCUCCUGGAAUACGCUGAAGAAACAUUACGAUGUACAAAUAUCAUCAUUUGUCUACGUAAAGACAGAGCGGAUCGAGCAAUGCUGGUUCGUACCUUCAUGUUUUUGGGCUUCACUGUACUACCGCCGACUCACUCCUUGGUACCACCAGGCAGUGAUGCUGGCAAUCUCUACAUGCUCUAUGCCAUCGAGUAGUCAACCAGAAGCUCGACUUCUCUUUCAAAUUUAACGCACAGGUAUUUUUUUUUUUGUUUUUGUUUUUGCGUAAAUAUUAUCACUUUAACCAGUCCAUUUUUUGUCGAUCUAAGCUUCUGAACUUUACUAUUUCCAAGUAACUCUUAUCGUUUUUCUAUACUUUUUUUUUCUUUUUUGCCUUUUUCUCAAUUACAGGGGCUAACAAGCAUAUAAACGGAAAAGUAUACAUUCUACAACCAUCGGAACGAAAAAUAAAUUACAAUCCAAAGGUCUUAAAUAGUAAACGGAAUUUCUUUCUUUUCUAUUUUCUUUGCUAGUUUAUGUUAUUUACUACUAAGAAAAAUCACAAGUUUAGGAUUUCACGAAAAAAUAUAUAAAAAUUCAAAAUUUUCAUUUCGCAACUCGCUAUGAUGAUAAAGUAAAUUAUUGUAUUAGAAACUAACGACUUCGAAAGAUGUAAAGUAUGUAAAAUAUGUCAAAAAUAACAUUUCCAGCACUAUACACCUUGGCGUUAAAUUUAAGAGAAAUAUCUUUAUAUGUAUACGUACGUACAUAUAUAUAUAUAUAGAGAGAGAGAGAGAUAGGGAGAAUGAGUGUGAGAGCGAGAGAGAUAUGAAGAUGUACGGAGAAAAACGAAGAAAUACAGAACAAACCGAAACUGAUAGUCGGGUAUAUGUAGAUCGCCAACAUAACAGGUUGUGGGCGGAGAUGUCGAUUCAUUCUCUUGAAUACAAUGUUAAGAUCAUAUGAACAGCUGACGAAGCUUCCCAUGUAAAAAAUUUGACGGUAUCAAGGCUUGAAAGUUACAUAAACCUAUGAAACGUCAAAUUAUAAAAGAAAUUUACUACUAAUAAAUCUCAAUGUUAAUUGUAUCAAAUUUGAUUUUACCGCGUUUUAUUCUGUAUUAUUAUACAUUUUUAAAAUCAUUUGUAAGUAUUAUUAUUCUAUAUACACAUAUACAGAUAUUUUAUACAUGUAACGAUGCGCGACUAGUGUUUGGUUUGUCUUAAAUAAUUAAUUUUUGUUUAACUUGUAUUUUUUACAUGAUGUAUACAAAUUCAUUACUUUCCCAAUAAAGAUUAGUUCAAAUAAAGCAUCAACUUGUGAUACGAUUUAUGAAACUUUGGUAUUAUUCUGUAUCUGUAAUGAGAUGUGCAAACAAUUCUAAACAUAAUCCCAACUAAAAGAUAUAUUUAUAAUAUUUAAAAUAUUUCGUUAAAAUAUUUACUAAAACAAUCAAUUACACACUGGUAGCGAUCGUUGUAAUCGUAACUAGGUCGAUAUUUUCUUUUUGCUUUAUUAUGUUUAGGUAUUUAAAUAAUAUUUCUAAUGGCAAUGAUUGUAAUUAUAAUUAUAUUCUUUGGUAACCCGAAUCAAUUAACAUUGUGGAGUUUGUUUUAGUAAAUGCGUUCUUUAGUGUUGACUUGAUAAUAGAUGACGUUAAAUGACGUAAAAGAAGUGUUAAUAGCUUGCUAGAAAUAUAGAUAAGUACAGAAUAAUGAAUUAGUAUACGUUAACGCAAAUAGUUUACGAUUUAUCUUGAGUUUUCAAUCGAAAAUAAAACUCUCUGCGUUCUAUUAACUAGUAUUGUAUACUGUAUUGAUAUAGUUGAUUACGUGGAGAUACAUGUAUGUUACAUUUAUUAUUGUGGAAUUACCGAAAACACUCUUGCUAAAUAAAACUUUAGAAAAAUGCAUAAA